AUACUGCUUUACAUUUUUAGUUUUUCCUUAUAAAAAUUACAUGUGGUCGCGGGGGCUGCCCCGGGAGCUGGCUGAGGCCGUGGCCGGGGGCAGAGUCCUGGUGGUGGGGGCGGGCGGCAUCGGCUGCGAACUCCUCAAAAACCUCGUGCUCACUGGCUUCUCCCACAUCGACCUGAUUGAUCUGGAUACUAUUGAUGUCAGCAACCUCAACAGGCAGUUUUUGUUUCAAAAGAAACAUGUUGGAAGAUCAAAGGCCCAGGUUGCCAAAGAGAGUGUGCUGCAGUUUUACCCGAAAGCUAAUAUCAUAGCCUACCAUGACAGCAUCAUGAAUGCCCGCAACCAUGUUAAUAGAAUGUGUCUAGCAGCUGAUGUCCCUCUUAUUGAGAGUGGAACUGCUGGUUAUCUUGGGCAAGUAACCACUAUCAAAAAGGGUGUGACCAAGUGUUACGAAUGUCAUCCCAAACCAACCCAGAGAACUUUUCCUGGCUGUACAAUUCGUAACACACCUUCAGAACCUAUUCAUUGCAUUGUCUGGGUGAAGUAUCUGUUCAACCAGUUGUUUGGAGAAGAAGAUGCUGAUCAAGAAGUAUCUCCUGACAGAGCUGACCCUGAAGCUUCCUGGGAACCAAUGGAAGCCGAAGCCAGAGCCAGAGCAUCUAGUGAAGAUGGUGACAUUAAACGUAUUUCCACCAAGGAAUGGGCUAAAUCAACUGGAUAUGAUCCAGUUAAACUUUUUACCAAGCUUUUUAAAGAUGAUGUCAGGUAUCUAUUGACUAUGGACAAACUAUGGCAGAAAAGGAAACCUCCAGUUCCAUUGGAUUGGGCUGAAGUGCAAAGUCAAGGAGAAGAAACCAGUGCAUCAGAUCAACAAAAUGAACCCCAGUUAGGUCUGAAAGACCAUCAGGUUCUAGAUAUCAAGAGCUAUGCGUGUCUUUUUUCAAAGAGCAUUGAGACUUUGAGAGUUCAUUUAGCAGAAAAGGGGGAUGGAGCUGAGCUCAUAUGGGACAAGGAUGACCCAUCUGCAAUGGAUUUUGUCACCUCUGCUGCAAAUCUCAGGAUGCAUAUUUUCAGUAUGAAUAUGAAGAGCAGAUUCGAUAUCAAAUCAAUGGCAGGGAACAUUAUUCCUCCUAUCGCUACUACUAAUGCAGUGAUUGCUGGGUUGAUAGUAUUGGAAGGACUGAAGAUUUUAUCAGGAAAAAUAGACCAGUGUAGAACAAUUUUUUUGAAUAAACAACCAAACCCAAGAAAGAAGCUUCUUGUGCCUUGUGCACUGGAUGCUCCCAACCCUAACUGUUACGUAUGUGCCAGCAAGCCAGAGGUGACUGUGCAGCUGAAUGUUCAUAAAGUGACUGUUCUCACCUUACAAGAUAAGAUUGUGAAAGAAAAAUUUGCUAUGGUAGCACCAGAUGUCCAAAUUGAAGAUGGAAAAGGAACAAUCCUAAUAUCUUCAGAAGAGGGAGAGAGAGAAGCUAAUAAUCACAAGAAAUUGUCAGAAUUUGGAAUUAGAAAUGGGAGCCGACUUCAAGCAGAUGACUUCCUUCAGGACUACACUUUAUUGAUCAACAUCCUUCAUAGUGAAGACCUAGGAAAGGAUGUUGAAUUUGAAGUUGUUGGUGAUGCCCCAGAAAAAGUGGGGCCCAAGCAAGCUGAAGAUGCUGCCAAAAGCAUAACCAAUGGCAGCGACGAUGGAGCUCAGCCUUCUACAUCCACAGCACAAGAGCAAGAUGAUGUGCUCAUAGUUGAUUCGGAUGAAGAAGGUCCCUCAAAUAAUGCUGAUAUCAGUGAAGACGAAAGAAGUCGCAAGAGGAAGCUAGAUGAGAAAGAGAGUGUCAGUGCGAAAAGGUCACGCAUAGAGCAGGCAGAGGAGCUUGAAGAGGUUAUAGCAUUAAAUUGAACAGAACUGCCUCUGAACGGAACCUCUUACUCCAUUAAGGCCUUCUGGGCAGAACCAGGUUAUUUGUUACGUCCUUUGUUCCAAAGGGAAAAAAUUGAUACCAGUGACUUGAAGAUGAUUCUGCUCCCUUUGAAAGCAUUCAUUUUGCUAGAACUAUUAGAAGCAUUGCAGUAUGCUGUAUUGAAAGUAGGAAUAUAGUUUUAAAACCCUUUGAACAAAGUAUGUGCAUAACCAGUCCAUGAGAUGAAACAACACAAUGCAUGUUGCCUUUUUAAUGUAAAUACCCUUAGGUAUCAUUUAAUAGUUUUAAAAUAUUGUGGUUUAGUAAAGUUGAUACCUGGUUAUAAAUAUUAUGCCUUUAUUUUUGGUUAGAAGAAGAAUUAUUUUUAGCCUAGAUCUAACCAUUUUCAUACUCUUACCUUACUGAAACAGAUUCAAAGAAGUAUCAAGUGCUAUGCAUUGAAACUUGUUUUUAAAUGUUAACCGGCACUAUGUAUAUUAAUGUAAAACAGUUGUUAAUUUACUCAAGUUUUCAGCUUGUACUGCCUGGUAUGUCUGUGUAAGAAGCCAGUUUUUGUGUAUUGUUACAGUUUCAGGUUAUUUAUAUUUGAUGUUUUGUAAAACUCAAAUAGAACUAUACUGUACUUGCGGACAAAAUAAAUGACAUCUGCAUACUUGUUAAAA